AUGUUGACAAUCACUAACGUUACCUGGCUGGACCUACUAUGCCUUACUGGUGUUGGAGUUUAUCUGGUAAAGCAGGUGGUCACCAAGAAGAAUCCUGCACCAUAUCCACCUGGUCCCCGGGGGUGGCCUCUCAUUGGCAAUGUUUUAGAUAUGCCUCGCGUCAAUCCCUGGGUCGCAUUUACUGAGUGGGGUCAGCAGUAUGGUGAUAUCACGCAUAUCGAGGUUCUGGGUCGGCACAUUAUUGUGCUAAACUCUGUCAAGAUUGCAAUGGAAAUGAUGGACAGAAAAAGCACCUUGUACUCUGACCGUCCUGUUUUUCCUAUGGUUGGUGAACUUGUUGGUUGGAAGGACUCUUUGGCUUUCCUCUCACAUGGUGACCAACUUCGCCGACAACGCAGGAACUUACAGCGCGUCAUCGGCAGUCGCGCCGCAGUGGACGUAUACAACGCGAUUGAGGAGGUUGAGACUCUUCGAUUCCUGAAGUGUGUGCUUGCGAAACCAGAUCGACUGCGGGAGCACAUCCGACACACUACUGGUGCUAUCAUUCUGCGCAUCUCUCACGGUUAUGAAGUGAAAGAGAAUGAUGAUCCCUUUGUUGACCUUGCAGACCGCGUUACAACCGAAGUCUCGCAGGGUCAGCUCGGUACCUUUUUGGUUGAUAUUUUACCAUUUCUGGUAAAGGUCCCCGCGUGGUUCCCCGGUGCUGGCUUCAAGCGCAUAGCACGUGAAUGGCGUGGAGCCCUCGAAGAGAUGGUUUCUGCACCCCACGAUUUCGUCAAGGACCAGAUGGCUGCUGGCACCGCCCCCACGUCUUUUACCUCGAAUCUCUUAGAAGGCAGUAAUAUAUCUGCGGAAGAGGACCACACUGUGAAAUGGUCUGCUUUUUCCCUAUACGCCGGUGGUUCCGACACGACUGUUUCUGCCCUAUACUCGUUUUUUCUAGCUAUGACACUUUUCCCUGAUGUGCAGAAGAAAGCUCAGGCUGAAAUAGAUGCGGUUGUCGGUCCUGAUCGUCUUCCCUCCUUCGCUGACCGCGACUACCUCCCCUAUACUGAGGCGCUUGUCAAAGAAGUUCUGCGUUGGAGCGUUGUCAUUCCCACCGGUAUACCCCACUGUGUGACCAAGGACGAUAUCCAUGACGGGUACUACAUUCCAAAAGGCUCCUUAGUAAUGCCUAACAUUUCGUUCAUGCUCAACGAUCCACGAACAUAUGCUAACCCUUCGCAGUUCAAUCCUGAACGCUUCUUGGCUAAGGAUGGAAAGGAGCCUGAGACGGAGCCUCGCACGAUUUGCUUUGGCUUUGGUAGACGUAUCUGCCCAGGUGUGUCCGACUCGCAUCAAUUAACCAACAAUAUUCUGACGUUUGCUUGCUUUUCAUGUACAGGCAUCUACCUUGCUGAAGCCUCCAUUUGGAUAUCCACUGCGAUGUCACUAGCCGUAUUUGAUAUUUCCAAGGUUAUCGAGAAUGGUGUCGAGAUCACCCCCGAGGUUGAACCCUUACCAGGUGGGAUCAGCCACCCCAAACCCUUCAAGUGUUCUAUUAAGCCUCGAUCUGCAACUGCCCUUGGGCUUAUUGAACAAGAUGCUAACUAA